AUACCUCCCUCUCCCUCACACUCUCUCUCUCUCUCUCAAUUACUAUGAGCAAGAUUGGUAAAACCAACCACUAGCUAACUAGAUCAUUCAUCAGAAUUAUUGAUCAAAAUAAAUUUCCCUGAGAUAAUCGACCCAUAUCUACCAAGGAAUUAGUUUUACUAGCUUCUUGAUUAAUUAAUACAAUGGCGCCGGUUGGAUUGCCACCAGGUUUUCGGUUCCAUCCGACAGACGAAGAGCUUGUAAAUUACUAUCUGAAAAGAAAAAUUCAUGGGCUCAAGAUUGAACUAGAUAUAAUCCCUGAGGUUGAUCUUUACAAAUGCGAACCUUGGGAAUUAGCAGAGAAGUCAUUCUUGCCUAGUAGAGAUCCAGAAUGGUAUUUUUUUGGACCUCGAGAUCGUAAAUAUCCUAAUGGGUUCAGGACAAACAGGGCAACUCGUGCGGGAUACUGGAAAUCAACAGGGAAAGAUAGAAGAGUUAGUAGUCAAAAUCGGGCCAUUGGAAUGAAGAAGACAUUGGUGUACUACAGAGGAAGAGCUCCUCAAGGUAUCAGGACAGAUUGGGUCAUGCAUGAAUAUCGCCUGGACGACAAGGAUUGCGAAGAUACUCUAGGGAUUCAGGAUUCUUACGCGUUAUGUCGUGUGUUCAAGAAAAACGGGGUAUGCACUGAAGUAACAGAAGAUCAAGUUGGCCAAUGUAGUAUACCAUUUGUUGAAAGUUCUCAGAUGCUAAGUAGCAAUGACUAUGAAACUAUGUCACCGGACGUGCCAAUUGGAUCAUCGCCAUGCAUGGAUGAAGUCGAAAAUGAUAAAGAUGAUUCAUGGAUGCAAUUCAUAACAGCGGAUGCGUGGGAUGCCUCAUCGAAUCCUACUUUAAGUGGAGAAGAUGCAACAUCGUGUAUCGGAUUCACAAGCUAAAUAUGUGUACGUCUAUCCAUUGGCUAAUUGAUUCCGGCUCGCGGUACUGUGGCAUUUCUAACAAUAAGAGACAUUAGUAUUCUCGGGGGUUUAUAACAAGAUUUUUAUAUAAUUCAGAAGAAAAAAUACAAAAAAAAAAAGAACAAUUUGUGUAUGAAAUUCUAUGCAACUCCUUUAGAGAGCAGAUUAUGAUGUUAUCUCUGCUUGGGAGGUCGUUUUGUCAGGGUCAGGAGAUUGGGGCCUCUGCAAAACGAGAGAUCUUAUAUUAAUUAUGGGUGUAAUUUGUGGAAUAAGUACUAAGACAAGAAGUUUUUACUGCCGGUGCAUUAUAUGACGCAGUAUUGUAAUUUCAUAUCUACCGAUGCAUGGUUCAA